GCAACGCUAUGAGAAAUGGCGGCUCGUCACGCCUACAAGGCGGAUGCGUCACUGCGUAUGGUGGUGACGUCAAUCUCGCGUGAUGAGACUUGUAGCGCUGGGCUAUUCCAUGAAACAGGAAGGGCAGGAGGCUGCGGGAUUACCAGCAGGUGAAGAUGAGCCUCAAGACAGAGCGCAGAGGAAUCCAUGUUGACCAGUCAGAGCUUCUGUGUAAGAAAGGAUGUGGCUACUAUGGGAACCCAGCCUGGCAAGGCUUUUGCUCAAAGUGCUGGAGGGAGGAGUACCAGAAAGCUCGGCAGAAGCAAAUCCAGGAGGACUGGGAACUUGCAGAACGUCUGCAACGUGAAGAGGAGGCGGCAUAUGCAAGCAGCCAGGGAGCCCAGGCAGGGCCGCAAUCCCUCACAUUUUCAAAGUUUGAAGAAAAGAAAUCAAAUGAAAAGACGAGAAAAGUAACUACAGUGAAAAAAUUUUUCACAGCUUCAUCUAAAAGCCUCCCAAAGAAAGUGAUUGAAGAAAAGAGUAUAAAGCCGGGACAGUUGGGCAGGGAACGCAAUGCAGAUAUUCUCAGGGACUUAAAGGGGCUCUUUGCCCCUCCCUGGGAUAUUGCUUCUCCGGCUGAAGUGCUUUGUGACAAGCUGAGAGAUCUAAAAGAAGCAAAAGCCCCAAGUCCUUCUCUGAGCCGCCAGUACAGCUUGGAAACUGACCGUGUGUCCAAGGAUUUUAUUGAGUUUUUAAAGACUUACCAGAAAGCAGGACAUGAUGUGUACAAACUGUCCAAAAUCUUCUUGGAAGCCAUGUUUCACAAAAGGGAAUCAAACAUUGACGAACAAUCGGAAUUUACCCAGGAUUUUUAUCAAAACACAGCAGAUAAAUUACAGAUGUAUUGGAAAGUGUCCCCUGAUAAAGUUGAGAAAGUGAUGGAUCAAAUUGAGCGGUUCAUAAUGACCCGUCUCUACAAGCACGUGUUCUGCCCAGAAACCACAGAUGAUGAGAAGAAAGACCUCACAGUGCAGAAGAGAAUCAGGGCUUUACAUUGGGUAACUCUUCAGAUGCUCUGUGUUCCUGUAAAUGAAGAUAUUGCUGAGGUGUCUGACAUGGUGGUAAAGGCUAUAACAGAUAUUAUUGAGAUGGACUCAAAACGUAUUCCCCGUGACAAACUUGCUUGUAUCACUCGCUGCAGCAAACACAUCUUUAACGCUAUCAAGAUCACAAGAAAUGAACCAGCCUCAGCCGAUGACUUCCUGCCCACACUCAUUUAUAUUGUUCUCAAGGCAAAUCCACCUCGCUUGCAAUCCAAUAUUCAGUACAUCACUAGAUUUUGCAACCCCAGCAGGCUGAUGACUGGAGAGGAUGGCUAUUAUUUCACUAACCUGUGCUGUGCUGUGGCCUUCAUAGAGAAACUGGAUGCUCAGUCUCUGAAUUUAAGUGAAGAAGAGUUCAGCAGGUACAUGUCUGGGCAGGCUUCUCCAAAAAAGCAGGACCUAGAGGACUGGCCAGCAGACACAUGUCCUGGUGUAAAGCAGAUGCACAGAAACCUUGACCUACUAACCCAGCUGUCUAAGAGACAAGAGCAUAUUGUAAAUGAGGCUAAGAAACUAGAGAAGGAUCUUAUUGACUGGACAGAUGAAGUCACCAAGGAAGUCAAGGACAUUGUAGAAAAAUAUCCACUGAACAUUAAAACAGCCAGCCAGGCCCUCGCAGCCCUUGAAUCCGAAAAUAUAGAAGAUGAUAAGCUGCCCCCUCCACUGCAGCCUCAAGUCUAUGCAGGAUAAUAGACUCAGCCCAGAAGACAAAAACACAUGCAAUCAUUCCUAUUAAACAGGUUCAGCAGUAAUUCACUAAUUUUUUUUGGAAGAGCUUGGGUCAUUGUAUUGCAGAUCCUGGAGAGAUCAGGUGUUUUUAAAAUGACGGUACAAACUUUCUUCGGCCUUGUGGUUUGCUUGGUAAAACUAUUUAUUAAUAUGGAUUAUACAGGGCUGUCGCAUUUUACAGAAAGCAAUGAUUCCUUUACAUUAGCAUUUUGUUUAGUACUUGUGAUAGGAUAAUAGAAAUACAUAUUAGUCUUAACAAUUUCUAUUUGCAGAAGAGAGUUUUUAUGCUUUUAAAGCUAUUUCCAGCCUUCAGGAAUGCAAUAGGACUUGUUACAUGCUGCAAUGACAAAAACAUGCCCUAGUUUAUUUGAUUAUACUAAAGUUAAAAGCGAAAACUAAUUUAAAAUGUGCUUCGUUUUAAAGGCACAGUAACACCAAAAAAGUACAGGGUUUCUUAUACAUUUAAAUAUGUAAUUUAACUCUUUACUGGGCAAAACUGUGUGUGUUUGCUUUAAAACUCAAUACGAGUUAUAGGGCCCACAUCCACAUAACAAAUAACAGAUAAGUUCUGCACAAUACAUUCGAUUUAGUACUGAACUAGGAACAU